AUGGAUUUUCUUGCACCACGUUCACCAGCGCCUCAAUAUAAAGAUUUGAUCGUAGCACAAUUGAAAAAGGAUCUUGCAAUUAGAGCAAAUUUGACAGUAUCAGAUUAUUACUUUACUGGCAAAGAGUUCCACAAAUAUGCCUUACUCUGCUUGUUGGCUGAAUACUAUCGAGAAACAGUUGAAUUGGAUCAAUGUAUUAAGACAGUUGAAGCAGGUUUUGAAAUACUCAUUACGAGGAAAAAUACUAAUGCACUCCGCUACGAUACAACAUGGUUCGGACUAGUCUCUUCGGCCGGCUUAGGACCGUCUCAAGAAUUGGCUGAUUUUGGUAAUUCAUACUACAAUGAUCAUCAUUACCACUGGGGUUAUUUCAUUCAAGCUGGCGCCAUUAUUGCUCGCCUCGAUCCAAGUUAUUUGCCGAGAAUACGCGAUUGGGUGGAAGGAUUGAUUCGUGAUGCAAGCAAUCCCUCACCAUUAGAUACCAGUUUUCCUCAAUUUCGUUACUUCGAUUGGUUUUCGGGUCAUAGUUGGAGUCAGGGUUUAUUCGAAUCGGCGGACGGCAAGGAUCAAGAAUCGACAUCAGAAGAAAUCAACUUUCACUAUGGCAUUGCUUUGUGGGGAUUAGCGACUCAGUCAUUGACCCUUGAAGGUCUCGGUCGAUUGAUGCUAGGGACUGCAAAACGAACCACUCAAACCUACUUUCUUAUGGAUAGCAAUAACAAAGUUAUGCCAGAAAAGAUUAUCGGCAACAAAGUCACCGGUAUUUUCUUCGAGAACAAGGCUGAAUAUACAACAUGGUUUGGAGCUAAACCAGAAUUCAUUCAUGGUAUUCAGUAA